UCCUACCAGCCACAUUUUGUUUUGUUGUCGUGCGUGAACUUUUUCUCGAAGGAAGAUUUUUUGAUAAAAAUUUUGUGAACGCCAGCGAAAAUUACAUCCUCUAUAGUGAUCAUUACAUAAAUUUUAGUGCUUCCAGCUUCAACGAUUUUGAUUCUCAUCUGCAAUAUAAAACAUGCCUGGCCAUGUCUCGUCAUCGAAAUAUUAGAACUUUAGACUAUUCUGAAGAAUAUGAUUAUGACGAAGUUUUUGGACACUCUGUAGAAGAGGAUUGCAUCCUCUCUCCUAGUGAACAGGCCUUCAUCUACGACCGCUCACGCAGGAACCAGCCACCAGCAUAUUUCCACGAUCAGGAAACUGUGAAAGAGGAGGAAGAGGAAGAGUCGGAGUCAGCGCCCGCAGAAUCUGCUGUAAAAAAUCUCAGCGAUCUAGAAACUGCUAAACUACAAUCCUGUUUGGAUGAGAUCAGGAGUAUCAUAGGUGAUAUUGAAUCGGAUGAAACGAUCUCGCAAAUUGUCAUCAAUAAUGGAUUCGAUGUGCAUAAAACUCUUGAUGUUAUUUUGAAAAGGAAUGACAAUGCACCAACAACUCUAGAGCCUUUGAAACGUCAGGAAGUCCCAAGGGUCAAAACUCCAAUAACAGUUUCCAGCAAUGCAGCACCUAGUGAUGAGAGCAUUCCUGCAGAGGCUACUGUUCCAACGAUCACCGUCGCAACGCCCAGUAAAGCAUCUAAUAUAAUCAAGGGUUUCAGUGUUCCAAAUCAGUCAGGCGGCUCCAAACUUAACCUAAAAGAUGGCUUUCAUUCUCCUCGACCUCAGUCACCAGCCUCAGGAAGAUCAAGCCCAUUUGAUGGCAAAAGUCAAGAAGAAAAAUCUGUACCUAAAUUUGAAAAACUCGCCAGGAACUUCAAUGUCAAAGAGAAAUGGAUGGAGGAUCGUGGUGACAGCAAAGAAAACCUCCAUAUGGUUGUCGUAGGACACGUGGACGCUGGUAAAAGCACACUGGUUGGCCACCUGAUGGUUAAAAUGGGUCUAGUGUCGUCAAAAGUUCUCCACAAGUACGAGCAAGAAAGCAAGAAACUUGGAAAACAAUCUUUCAUCUAUGCGUGGAUUAUGGAUGAAACAGGAGAAGAGAGGAACCGAGGUAUUACGAUGGAUAUUGGGUUUACCCAGUUAGAAACGAAAACAAAAACAAUUACGAUUCUGGAUGCUCCUGGCCACAAGGAUUUCAUUCCCAACAUGAUAACAGGUGCAACUCAAGCAGAUGUCGCGUUGCUGGUUGUGGACGCAACAAAAGGGGAGUUCGAAACUGGUUUCGAAAGCGGAGGCCAAACACGAGAACAUGCACUUCUGAUCAGAUCUUUAGGAGUCACUCAGCUGGGAGUUGUUAUCAAUAAACUAGACACUGUGAAUUGGUCAGAAGAUCGAUUUAAUGAAAUCGUAGCACUAUUGAAAAACUUUUUGAAGCAAGCAGGAUUUAAAGAUUCAGAUGUAUGUUAUGUCCCUUGUUCUGGCAUGAGUGGGGAAAAUUUGACAACUCGCUCUAAUGACCCGCAGUUUGCGUGGUACCAAGGACCAACUUUAUUAGAUGUUUUAGAGAACUUCAAAUGUCCAGAGAGAUCAAUCGAAAAGCCUUUUAGAAUGACUGUCAAUGAUAUAUAUAAAGGGACUGGCUCUGGAUUUUGCGUCUCAGGUCAAAUAGAAACUGGUGCUCUAUUAGUGAACGAUAAAGUGCUAGUUCAGCCGCAGAAUGAAUUAGCGUCCGUAAAAGGUUUGACGAUCGAUGAACUUCCUAUUCAGACCGUUUAUGCAGGAGACAGUGUCAGUAUAACACUUGCUAAUUUUGACAUUCAGAAUAUUUCAAUUGGAAGUGUUCUGUCUGAUCCUUCACAACCAGUAGCUGUCACAUCCAAGUUUGAGUGUCGCAUUGUCGUAUUCAAUAUCCAAGUCCCAAUCACCAAAGGUUUUCCUGUGAUAGUGCAUUGUCACAAUGUGAUGGAGCCAGCAACAAUCAAGCGAAUCAAUGCAGAAUUGAAUCGGAGCUCAGGAGCUGUGGUGAAGAAAAAGCCGCGCUGUCUGGUGAAAAACACAAGUGCUCUUGUUGUCAUAGAAACCUCUCGUCCAAUCUGUUUAGAGAAAUAUCAGGAUAUCAAGCAGCUUGGCCGCAUUAUGCUUCGGGUUUCCGGGUCAACUAUUGCAGCUGGUCUCGUCACUCAGAUUUUCUGAAUACAUUUUACUCUAAUUAUGAAGCUCAAGGAAAUUCCAAGAUUUCUUUAAUAAUAAAAAAUUUUCUGAGAACUCUAAGUUCCACUUUGAAUGGACCGCUAGUCAGAGUAUGAGGGUAUGACACUGGACACAAUACAUUUUUCUCAUCAAAAUUUAGUGUAGAAUACGUUGAACGCAUUAUGAACACUUACCAUAUUCAGCGCACAAGUUGGAAAAUUACGGUUUUUGUCUACUUUCAUUUGCACUUCCUGCUCACUGAGAAACCUGAGUCCACUCGAGGGAAAUUGAGCACUGAACUAAUUUUAGUUUAUUUUACAAUGGAAGAAUGUUUCCAUGUACUAUUUGUUUUUCUACAAGAUUAAGAGUAUAUUGUAUCAAAAGAGGAAGGAAGGUUGCGCGAAAGUAAGUUCUGGUUAUUUGCCUAACAUACAGGUUGAUUUUAUUGCCCAAUUUGGCUUGUAUUGAUUUUGGUUUUAUCACGAGCGGGUUGUUCGACUUCUCUGUUGAUAAUGUAAACUAUGAACGUUUAUUUCUCACUUAUGAGUUAAUUUUAUACAUUUUUAAAAUGUUUAAUGUGUUCUACGUUGAGUUCUGUUGAAAGAACAUGUGCUGUAGUGCUCAUUAUCUUACCCUGUCCAGUGGUCUACUAGCCACAGGCUGUACAAUAAAAAAUUUCAUGCCAAAAUAUUCAGUAAGUUUUAUUAUCAACAGUGAGAUACCAGCGUCAGGACGCUAAGCUUAUUUAUAUAGCUAAUCAUUCAAUUUUGUGAUAUAUUUAUUGAUUUACUAUGUAUUUUUUAACAAAAAAUCUUGGUACUUUUUUACAAUCUUUUCUGUAUUGAUUACAUACAGGUCGUCUUUUAGAGUAAAUUUUUUCACUCCUAUCUUAUAAGUACUCAGUUGUUUUCUAGGGCAAUUUUUCAGCGUCAUCAAAUCUUUAACAAAAUAAAGAUUUUAGGCAAAUCAUUGUAA